AUGAACCAACACAACCCAAAUCAUCGAUCCAAUAUUAUAAGUGAAAGCGAAUCUCGGCAGGUUUGUUUCAAGUUUCUUGAUCAAACCAGCCGGAGCUUCAGCGUUAUCAUUAAGGAGCUCCACUCCGAAUUGCUCGUCCCGAUUUGUAUCUUCUACCUUGUCCUCCGCGGUCUCGACACCAUAGAAGACGACCCUUCUAUUACUGUGAAGACCAAGCAGACCUUGCUUCGUGAGUUUGAUAAUAUAAUAAUGAAAGACGGGUGGACAUACGAUGGCAACCGUCCCGAAGAGAAGGACCGCGAACUGCUUGUUCACUUCCAUCACGUUAUCAAAGAGUAUAAAGCUUUGAAGCCAGCCUACAAACACAUUAUCAAGGACAUCACUAAAAUAAUGGGUAACGGAAUGGCUGACUUCUGCCAUAAGGUUACCCUGGGCCAUCCAGAUAAUGCCGGCGUCAUGACUAUAGCCGAGUAUGAGCUGUACUGCUAUUAUGUUGCCGGCUGUGUCGGUGAGGGUCUUACCCGCUUCUUCAUCGAACCGCAACUUUGCAACUCGUCAUUACUCGACAACCCAACUUUACCUCGGUCAAUGAGUCUCUUUCUGCAGAAGACCAACAUCAUCCGCGACGUCAGUGAAGAUCACGAAGACAAUCGUCGGUUCUGGCCUCAUCAGAUAUGGUCUAAGUACUGCAGUUCUGAGAUGAUUCUCAACGCACUUGAGCAUGUUAAGGAAUGUCUCAUUUAUCUGGCUGGGUUGAAUGAGCAGAGCAUCUUCAAUUUCUGCGUUGUGCCUCAGUGCAUGGCUAUUGCGACACUGGAACUAUGCUUCAGCAAUCCCGCUCUGUUUGAACGGAAUGUCAACAUCAAGAUCAGCAGGGGCGAUGCGUGUCAGUUAAUGCUCGAGUGCACACAAGGCUUGCCGGGGCUAUGUCGUAUCGUCAGUCGAUAUGCACGAUGUAUCAAAGCCAAAAGCUCUCCAAAUGCCACCAAGAUGUUCGAGAUUAACAAGAUUUGCGGCACGAUCGAAGAAGCUGCCAAAACUCUAAUUCAAUCUCAAGAAGGGUAA